ACUUUUAUUCACUGUAAUUGAAUUAUGUUACGUUUUACUGAUGGUUACGGGGAGUAUUUUUUUUAAAGAUUGUGCGACGUCAAUCACUCCCCUUCGUUGCGAUACUAAUUUUAAAGCAGUUGAUAAGAGUAUUUCUAGCCGUCAUGAGUGUUUACAUGUAAUCUUUUCCCAGUGUGAAACUCUUUCUACAUGCCGUGGGUAAGUGUACGAGAACAAAAAAGUACUUUUUACACGCCGUCAUGACUAAUGUCAACAGGACUGACCAUGUUGAUUCAGAAGACUUCAUUUUUAACGUCUCGACAAUAUUGCCUCCCGUGUCACUUGACAACGUGACCAAGGAUGAGCUGAACACCUCCUCUGUGGUGUCGUCCGACACUUAUGUUAGUCUCCUAGAAGAUGUCUCCAGCUACCUUUGGGUAAUACUAUCACCGAUUCUUUUUAUUGUCGGUGUGACUGGUAACGUACUCACAAUUGGCGUCCUGAGGCAGAUGAAGUUUCACAAGAAACCCCCGUUUUUCUUUCUGUUUGUAUUAGCUCUUAGUGACAUUACAGUUCUCUGUGUUGGACUUAGCAGGUACUGGAUCAGAGAAACAUUUUCUUUAGACAUUCGCGCUCUGACUAAUUUCGGAUGUAAGUUUAAUUUGUUUUUUAUCUAUUGGUCCAUGCAGUUAUCCUCAUGGAUUCUUGUUUGUGUUGUUUUAGAGCGCUGUAUAAAAACUAACUUUCCAUAUCGCUAUCCUAGAAUAGUCACCAUACCAAGAUGUAUAGCCUUGGUAAUUCUACUUAUGAUUAUCCUAGCUGGAGUCGACAUGCAUUAUUUCUGGACAAACGGCUUAAUUUCAGAUGGAUCAGAACUGGAGUGCAAUUCUCUGACGGACGCAUAUUUCAAUUUUGAAGAAUUUGUCUUCACCUACGUGGACUUCACAGUUUUGUCUGUGGUUCCGUUUGUAUUAAUGAUUGUGAUGAACGCGACCAUAAUUCGUGUGAUUCGACAGUCAAGACAAUUUCGAAAAUCAACUGUUCGUAGCAAGAGCACGAAUGAAAAACUGAAGAAAUUUGAUGUAAAAUUGACCAGAAUGUUAGUAUGUACCAGUGUAUAUUUCCUUGUAGCUACUUUACCAAUAAGUGUCUACUUUAUCGUGGAUUCUUACCAAGAUGAACUGACAGACCUGGAAAGUGCAAAACUGGACGUCGUUUGGUCCUCCUCAUAUCUCUUUCAGUUCUCAAAUUAUACAAUAAACUUCUUUUUGUACAAUUUGAUCAACAAAAAAUUCAGAAACAAAUUCAUUGACCUGAUCAAAUGCAGAUCACCGAAACAGAAAAGGAAAUCUUCUAAGAACGACUCUGUGUACAGUGUACAAACGGCAGACACAUAUAUUGGAUCAGAGACAAAAGAUUCUGAAGAGAUGUCUACAGGGGAAUGAAGUCCGAUUCCUGACACAAAUAUUUUGUUCCUUUUUCAUGAACUUCUCACUGAGAAUAUAGAUGUUGUUCUAAUGGAAAAGAAAAUUAUUAUCGAUAUACAUUUUUAUCUUGAUUAAUUCUCUUAAAGUUUUUUGUAUAUAUUACGUUAUGACAAGCAUAAUACUAUGUAUUAAUGUGUUUUGUGAUAUAUAUAUAUAUUUGUAAAUCUAGUCAUUUUUUAUUGUGUUGUAUCAAACCGUUUUUCAAUGGAAGCUGAAAUAUGUACUACAAUGUAGUGUAUUCAUUUACAGCUCAAUUUUUUACAAUGGGCAUAAGGAAAGGGUCACAAGAAUACAUCACACUGAUUUAUUUUUAUCUGAAGAGAUUAAAUAGAAAUAGGACGUCAUACAGCUAUGAAAACCCUUUACAUGAAUUCUCGGAAAUCACACCUUAGAUAAUGAAGACUUUUACAUAUCUUAAAAUCCAGAGAAGAAGCGUUGUAUUCCAUAUAAAUAUUGAAUUUGUUGAAUAAAUAUUUGUUAUUCUGAUAUUGUAUCUUACAGUUUUCAACUUUGUAUCGUUAAUUAAACUAUAUUUGAAAUACGUCCUAUGAAUAAAUACAAGUAAUUAUUACU